UUCACACCUAUUGCGCUACACAAGACUGGACACUUCACUCAAAUGAUAUGGAAGUCAUCUCGAAAGAUGGGUGUCGGUGUGGCGAUAACGAAGAAUAGCUCGGGUGGAGGACCAUGCGCAGUACCUGGAAAAGAUUCCUACAUGAUCCAUGUUGUCAUCAAAUAUGAUCCCCCCGGCAAUAUGUUGUCACGAGACUACUUCGUAGAGAAUGUCAGACCACCUAAGUAG